AUGAUUUGUUCCCAAGCGAUCUGGCGUUUACCAAGCCAAACCGGGCAGGAGCCGGCGGGUCAGGGCGAGCAGCUGACAGGGAGACCCGACACAGAGGCCGCAGGUUCCCCAGAUUCACUCCGCGCCGGCGGGGACAAGGAGAGCAGGUCCACGGGGCUGGAACAUCCAAUCCGAACCCGCCACCGGUACCAACCAGGCAGCAGCAGGGUCCACGGGGCUGGAACAUCCAACCCGCCACCGGUACCAACCAGGCAGCAGCAGGGUCCACGGGGCUGGAACAUCCAACCCGCCACCGGUACCAACCAGGCAGCAGCAGGGUCCACGGGGCUGGAACAUCCAAUCCGAACCCGCCACCGGUACCAACCAGGCAGCAGCAGGGUCCACGGGGCUGGAACAUCCAACCCGCCACCGGUACCAACCAGGCAGCGACAGGGUCCAGCGAACGUCGGGAGAUACAAAGGCGAGGUCCCGCUCCAUAUCCACCUCGAUCAGGACGCACCAACCCGGCCCUCAGCCUCACCAGACAGCCACUCCGCUCACCUCGACGGCGGUGACGUUUACGCCGCGGAGGUAGCACAGGAGUGCGGCAGAGCACUGGAGCUGAAACAUGAAGGAGAAUGGAGACCAGUGUUUGGCUCUGACUGGACCCUGAAGACAACAGCAGCUGCCUGCAGAGACUUAGACUGUGGUUCUGCUGUUUCUCUAGAACGGAGAGAGGAGUCCUCAGUCAGAUCUGUGUGGUGGAUCAGCUCUGACUGUGUCCAGUCUGGAUCUGCUCUGAGGGACUGUGCAUUUUCAUAUUCCUCUCAGUCUAUCCUGGAUCUCACCUGUUCAGACUCUGUCAGGCUGGUGAAUGGGACCAGUCUGUGCUCAGGCAGACUGGAGCUGAAGUCUGACCAGUCUAACCAGAGCUGGUCCUCAGUGUGUGAAGCUGACUUUGACCAGCAGGAUGCAGAGGUGGUCUGCAGGGAGCUUGGCUGUGGGGCUCCUUCAGUCCUCCAGGGGGCGCUCUAUGGAGAAGGGGAGGCUCCAAUGUGGACCAAAGAGUUCCAGUGUGGAGGAAAUGAGUCUGCUCUCCUGGACUGUAGAAGCUCAGGCUCAGAUAGAAACACCUGCUCACCUGGCAGAGCUGUUGGACUCACCUGCUCAGAGCCUGUCAGGUUGGUGGGAGGAGACAGUCGCUGUGCAGGAACACUGGAGGUGAAACAUGGAGGAGACUGGAGACCAGUGGUUGGCUCUGACUCUGACUGGACCCUGAAGAUAGCAGCAGCUGCCUGCAGAGACUUAGACUGUGGUUCUGCUGUUUCUGUAAAACGGAGAGAGGGGUCCUCAGACAGAUCUGUGUGGGUGAUCAGCUCUGACUGUGUCCAGUCUGGAUCUGCUCUGAGGGACUGUGUAAUAUCUUCAGAUUCCUUUGAAUUUAUCCUGGAUCUCGUCUGUUCAGACCUGCUGCUUCAGCCCAACAUCUCCUGGUCCUCCUCCAUGGACGGGGUCUCUGAGGCCCAGCAGCAGCAGCAUCAGGAGGAGUUUCAGGUUUUCAGAGGCUCCACCUUCACCAUCAGCUGCUCCAUCCAGCCUCAGUACCCAGGAGGCUCCUUCCAGCUCUCCUUCACCUCCUCCACCUCAGCAAUCAACUACACCCAGCCAGCUGUCAAUCACUCUGCUGACUUCCUGUUUCCUAACCUCACCCAGCCAGCUGUCAAUCACUCUGCUGACUUCCUGUUUCCUAACCUCACCCAGCCAGCUGUCAAUCAGUAUGCCCACUUCCUGUUUCCUGCUGCAGAGCCCGCCCACCAAGGAAGCUACAGCUGUGUUUAUCACGUCCAUGUUUUCUCUCAUAACUUCUCCUCUGAGAGCCGUCAGCUCUCUGUCUCUGUUGUAGAUCCACCAGAUCCACCAGAUCCGAGACCUUUUAUCAUCAGAGCGGUCGUCCUGACGCUGAUUCUGCUGGUGGCGAACAUUGCCUCUUACUUCUAUUUUAAGACCCACAGGGUCUACAGGGUCUACAGGGUGCAGAAGCCCCGCAGACGGGAGGACGUGGAGCUGGAUUAUUAUAACCUGGGUGUUCCUGCAGCUGAAGGAGGGCCGACUGAAGAAUAAGGAGCUCAGGGAGCAGAGUAGCACCUCCAAGCAGCUCGUCUCACACCCACAUGGAUUUAUAUUCACAAGUUCCCUUCAAUAAUCAGGAUUUGUUACAUUACAUUAUGUUGAAAAGACCACAACAUGUCCCUGAGCCUAUCGGUUCCUCCAGAAGACCUAAAACACCUCACUAAAGUAAGAGGUGAGAGCAGGUCUACAGAGUCCAAGCAGCCGGCACGAUUCAAAGCAAACACACAGCGACCCAGGCCGACCAGGAACAACCAGCAGGAUCAUGUUAAAUAUCUAAACACUGUUAGAGCCGGGGCUCUUAAAGC